GCGCAGAUCCCACGUGUGACGCUAACGCUCCCGGUCUGGGGCUGCAGUGCCCGUGUGUGUGUGUAUGCGUGUGUUUGGAGUUGGUUGGGCUUUGAGCUAUGGAAGCGGACGCGAGUCAAGUCACCUCUGGAAGUUCGAAUGAUUCGCAACACGACCCGGGUAAAAUGUUUAUCGGUGGCCUCAGCUGGCAAACCUCACCAGACAGCCUUAGAGACUACUUCAGUAAAUUCGGGGAGAUCAGAGAAUGUAUGGUGAUGCGCGACCCCACAACCAAGCGCUCCAGAGGGUUUGGCUUCAUCACGUUUGCAGAUGUUUCAAGUGUAGAUAAAGUCUUAGCGCAACCACACCACGAAUUAGACUCCAAGACGAUUGAUCCUAAGGUCGCCUUUCCUCGACGGGCUCAACCCAAGAUGGUAACAAGAACAAAGAAAAUAUUUGUGGGUGGAUUAUCAGCAAGCACAGUCGUUGAAGAUGUGAAACAGUAUUUUGAACAGUUCGGAAAGGUAGAGGAUGCCAUGCUAAUGUUUGACAAAACUACAAACAGACAUAGAGGCUUCGGCUUCGUAACGUUUGAGAAUGAAGACAUUGUAGAGAAAGUCUGUGAAAUUCAUUUUCAUGAAAUCAAUAAUAAAAUGGUAGAAUGUAAGAAGGCCCAACCAAAGGAGGUGAUGUUUCCUCCAGGCACGAGGGGGAGGGCGAGAAGUCUUCCGUACACCAUGGAUGCCUUCAUGCUGGGCAUGGGCAUGUUGAGUUAUCCAAACAUUGUGGCAACGUACGGUCGUGGAUACACAGGAUUUUCACCUAGCUACAGUUACCAGUUUCCAGGUUUCCCAGCGACGGCGUACGGACCCGUGGCGGCAGCAGCAGUGGCAGCGGCACGAGGCUCAGGUAGGGUGACCCGGGGAAGUAGCGGUUAUGUGUACCCACAGAAUGCAGGGCCAGGGUUUCCCGAUUAUUGUUUUUGUUUUGGGGGGUUCCCUGAUUGGGGUGUCCCCUGCUCCUUUGCCGACUAUGCCACCCUGGGGCCCCAUACGGGUCAGAUGCUGCAAAGUGAGCACGUCACCUCUACCUGCAACUCACCCUCCCAGCACCACCCAAGCCCGGAUCACUUUAAGAGCUCAGGUGCUAAUCCUCCACGGCCUGGAGGUUUUCCUGGUGCAAACAGUCCUGGACCCGUGACAGACUUGUACGGCCCCAGCAGUCAGGACUCAGCAGUGGGAAAUUACAUCAGUGCUGCCAGCCCUCAGCCGGGCUCGGGGUUCAAUCACAGUAUCGCAGGUCCUUUGAUCGCCACAGCAUUUACAAAUGGAUACCACUGAAAGCUAACCGAGAUGCGGCACCAUCUCAUUGGAGAGUUGAUUGGGAGGCCCUGGAAAAAUGGCCGGAGUCUCUAAUUGGUUUGUGUACAGUUGAUGUCAUAAAGACUUCAAGCACUACAGGUUGUGAUUGGUGAAUGGACAAGUGGGGGUGGAACCAGACAUAGAGGACAAGAAAAAUAUGAUCAUCUCAGAAAAACAAACAUCACAACUGCUGUAACUGUUAUCCAUCCUUCCUGUCACUGCAGGACUCCUUUCCAUUUUUCUUUUCCCACACGCGUUUUUCUUUCUGUAUGCUUUUUAAAAUGACAACGGCUUUUAGAAAAACAUACUUAGAUGAGUGAAUUAUUCAGUUGCAACUGUCACAGCUUUGAGUUUUUUUUCCCUAGAUUUUGUUUUCAGUUAACUUUAUUUUUGCACAUAUGGACAGACACCGUGCUGAAA